AUGGGGUCGGCGCUGGAGGCGCUGAACCCGUCGCCGCCACCGCCUCUAAGCGCCCGACGGCCCGCCGCGCCCGCGCUGCCCAGCUUCGAACUUCCAGCACCCUCCUUCAACCCCCUCCCCGUCAAGUACCCGUCCGCUUCAGCCGUCAACCCGGGCAGUGUCAGCAGUCUUCUGGACCCGAUCCCGGCAGCGCACCACCACCAGCAACACACCCAACCGCCACACCAGCCCGAUUCCGCCGCCCCGCCCGUCACCACCGCCUCCACUGCCGCCUCCACCCCGGGAGACACCUAUUGGGCCCACACCCCUUACGGUUCCCGGUCGUCGUGGCCCACCUUCUCCCAUCCCAACGCGUUCGUCCGUCCGCCCCAUCAACCGCAGUCGUCACACCACACGACCUCCCCCCCGGGAGUCGAGUCGAUCUCCCCGUCGUACGACCUGCACCAGCUCCCUCCCUUCCACCAGCAACCACCGCCGUCGUCGUCCCACCAUCACCACCAACCCCAUCACCCGCAUCAUCCAACCGCGUUGUACGCGACCACGCCGGGUUCUGCCCCGCCGCCGCCGCCCCUGCCGUCCAACGACCCCUACAUGACCAAGUCGUCGUCGGCGCCCAGCUUCGGGACGGGUCCCCUGCUGACCACCCCGCCGUACGGGUCGGGCCUCGGGGUGGGACGGGUGGCGUCGACGCCGCACGCGCCGCCGUACCACCUCAACCAUCAGCGGCAGCCGUGGCCGUCAUACUCGCUGCCGGCGAUGACGGGCCCGGUGAUGACCAACGUGCACAGCCCCGGCGGGCAGAUGUCGCUGCUGGGCGGACUGCAGGCGGGGUUGCUGCCGGCUGGGUUUAACAGCGGGCACGUGGCGAGCAUGCAACACAUGUACCCGCAUGCGCCGCCGGGGCACGGGCCGCACGGGCACGGGCCAGGACCGACGACGGACCGGCCGUUCAAGUGCGACCAGUGUCCGCAGAGCUUCAACCGAAACCACGAUCUCAAGCGACACAAGCGGAUCCAUCUGUCGGUGAAACCGUUUCCGUGCAACCAUUGCGACAAGAGUUUUUCCCGAAAGGAUGCGUUGAAGCGACAUGUUCUCGUCAAAGGCUGCGGCAAAGACAGCAAGACGGAUCACGUCAAGGAGGAGGGUUAG